UCGCUAGUUCGCCGUGAGCGCUCGUGAUGUGAGGACGUUCUGUAAUCACGUCAGCGAGUGGUGGAGCUAUCUCGUCUCUGGCUGAAAACGACACAGAGAACGAGCGUAUACGCAGGCAACAUCGCGUGCACAGCUGAUUUUGCCGAUCGACGAUUUCCGAGAAGGCGGACAAGAGCAGCGGCCAGCGCGUCAGAGGCCUUUGAUUCAUUUUUUUUUUGUUUUUCGAUCGAGCGUCAGCCGACAUACGGGCGCCGAACUGACUUACAAACACGAGGACGCGACGUGCACGAGGACCGUGUCUAAUCCCACCUUCCGCUUUAAUACGGUUUUCCUUGUUUCCACUCGUCGUGGAGAAAAGUCCGAGUUAAAGGAUCGCCCGAGUGUUGGAUCGGAAUAUGAUAUCAGGGUUCGGCCGAACCAGCUGAUCGCAAUACCGUUUCACCGGCUCGGUUGUCUUUGUGAAGCUGCCUUGUGCGCGCUUAUCGCAUCGUGACGUGGGAACGAGAGUGCAAGAGAGACAGUGAUAGAGACAGCUGAGAAGACGCGUGUGAGGGAGCGUAAGAGAAAAAGCACACGGGAAAGCACAAAGAGACAAAGAAAGAAAGAGAGAGAGAGAGAGACUUUUCGCAGUGUGUUCGGACAUUUCUCCCGACGUUGUUCCGGUGGUGCGCGGGCUUGUUUUAAUUUCGCGCGGCGCCGACACCUGCUACUGCAACAACUAACCGCGCGGGGGGUUUUAUCGCGGAACUUUCGUGGCGCCGCCGUGUGCUGUGUGGUGUGCGCGGGGUGAGAGCUUAAAGUUCGCGAGCGCAAGGUGGGACGAAGUGCGACCUCGCGCGCGCGCGUGCGGUAUAAAGAAAGAAAGAGAGAGAGAGAGAGAGGAGGGGAGAGAGAGAGCGACAGCGAGAGAACAGCAGAGAAAGAGAGACGGAAACGAAACACGGCACACCAAGAAAGUUUACUCGGCGACGUGCCGGUCGUUCUAGAGAACACUUCGUACCCUGUAUAUACGCGAUAGUAGGAUCGUUCCGUGCACCGUAGGAAACCGUCAGGCGGAAGCGAGGAAAGAAGACAGAAGAGGAAGCGACAGGAAACGACGGCGGUAGGGACGAGCGUGCAUUUGUCUAUCGUCAUCAACCCCCGCCCUUCCCCCGCGCCUUUGUGUCCCUUGUGAUUGUCGCUGUGCCUUCGGGUGGUCGCCUAUGACUCGUCAGUAGGAGAGAAAAACAGACGGAAGAGCGAAGGACAGAGAGGCAGAAGAAGGAUAGAGGCGAACGGGCGGAUAGAGAGACCGGCGAGGCAGAUAUUUCCCGCUCCGCUAAGGGGGGCAGAGAGGACACCCUGACGAACUAAAUAUGUCUGCGAAGCGAAAGGCCACUGCCAUCAUGCAGCAUCACAAGGAGAACAUCUCGACCCCGGAGCCCGCCGACAUAUCCGAGGACGAUCACUAUCCAAGCACGCUCAUGAAAGACCCGGAUAAGCUGAAGCUGAUGCUGCUUGCGUGGAAUUAUAAUAUCCAACAGCAAGUCCAGGCACAAGCGCAGGCACAGGCACAGGCUGCCAAUGCCGCGCUUUCGCCAAAUCACUCUUCGACUACUACCGCUACUACCGUUGGCACCCCCGUCACCAGCCAAUCGGCCAUCUCCACGGCAAACAACACCAUUAACAACUCUACGCUCACAGACUCGCGAAACGGUUCCUCGGAGCUGGUCGACAUGCCGGCGGGCACCGUACCGAGUUUGGGCGUCGGCGGCGAGGAUAUGGCUUCCCUGUGGGCAUCUUACACCAUGGGCUUUAAGAAGACACCGCCACCAGCGUCAUCAGCAACGCCCUCGCGGUCGGAUCGCGAUCGAGAAUCCAGUCCGCCUGGUGGCGAGGGAGCGGGAAGCGCUCACGAUGAAACCAGUAGUAGUGGUAAUAAGGAAGAUGAGGAUGAUGACGACAUGGAUGCUGACGAAGGUUUGGAUCCGAGACACCACGAUCCGGAACGUCUCAAGGCGUUCAACAUGUUCGUGAGACUAUUCGUGGACGAGAACCUCGACCGCAUCGUGCCGAUCUCGAAGCAGCCGAAGGAGAAGAUACAGGCGAUCAUCGACAGCUGCACGAGGCAGUUCCCCGAGUUCGCCGAGAGGGCCAGGAAGAGGAUUCGAACGUACCUGAAGAGCUGUCGGAGGAAUAAGCGCGGCAGGGAGGGCACAACUUGGGAUGCCGCCAGACCUACGCCGGCACACUUGACCUCCGUACAGGCUGAGCAAAUUCUGGCAACGGCCUGCGAAAACGAAAGCGAAAAUGCGAAACGCAUGAGAGUCGGUCUGGAGCCGGUGUCACAGCCAAUGCCAACUCUUCCGGCCGCAACGCAAACGGACGUCCGAUCAAGUUUGGAGCACUUCUCGAGCACACCGGUUAAGUCACUUCCGGGUAAGAGGGAGGAUACACCCCCGGCAUCGUUAACGUCUCUGGCGCCACUCACCAGUUUGGCAAACUUACCGAGCAGCACUCUUUCGUCCACACCGCUGUCGCUCGCAUCUGCGUCAAAGUUGCUCACGCCAGCGGACAACAAGAGUCUCAUGAGCCAAGCGACGAUAGUGAGCUCAUCGACGGUGAACGGUGUCGGCAGUGGUGUUGCACCGACGACAAUGUACAGACCCAACUUCGGUCAGGCGUUUCAGCGCGCCGGACCUACAACGGUACCGCCGACCCUCUCCGCCGGACUGUACCCGACCCAAAGUUUCACGUCGGGCCUACUGAGCAACGGUACACAAAGACCGACGGAUCUCAGCAUGAAAAACACGAAGCCGCUACUGAGUCACAAGUUGAACGCGACGGAAAUGACCGCGGUGAGGCAACUGAUAACUGGAUAUCGAGAGUCAGCCGCCUUUUUGCUCAGGUCCGCCGACGAGUUGGAACAAUUAUUGCUUCAGCAACCAUAGAGUUACAUUUACAUGGCCGGCGCCCAGCAGCUCGGCUCAUAGUCACAGCGAUCAGCGGGAAAAUAAAUUCGAGUGUUCACACAGCCUUUGUGUGAUCAACGAUCCAUGGUGGAUUUACUAGUAAUUCAUCAAGAACUGGUGAUUCGUCGUGUCUACCCGCUACUCUGUUGGCAACGUGGCUCUUCUUAUGAACUUAUCUUCUGCUGUAAAGUCCAGCGCAAAUUAGACGGAUUGAUUUGACGUAACAAGAUGAGAUGACGAGUAUGCAAAAUUUUAUAUAUGAUCGACGACCGAAUUUGGAGAAUCGAUUGAAAAUAUUUUAUGCUUCUAAUGGACGUAAGAUUGUUUCUUUUUUGGCGACAAAAAAAUUGAGACGUAAAGAUCGCGGAAAAAACCCACAUUAUUGGAGAAGAGCGAUGCUUAUACGAAUUUUUUGUCAAUGUUGUUACAAUUUGGCUAAAGGCGCCAAGAACAGAGU